AGAAGGACCACAUGAUUGAGUUUAACCGUAGAGUCGCCGCUGAAAGAGAUCAAGAGCUCAAAGCUCUCAAAGAAGAGAAUCUAAAACUAAAUGAGAAAAUGAAUGGCGGCUUCUAUUUGGGACAGUUCUUGAAUCAUCCCAUGAAGAGUAGCUCUACCGCCGCCUCCAUUGCGUCGUCCGUUUCCAGCAUUACUACCAAAUCAAUCAAAUCCGAAGACAUGAACUCUGUUUCCACCGUCGAGUCCAUCCCAGAGAAGCCAAAGAAGACCGCAAAAUACUCGUCGCGUAAGAGAAAACCUAAUCUCAACUCUUCAAUGGAUAAACGCUACUUGAAGUCAGUCGACAGCAAUCUUGAUACCUCUGUUGAAGUGAAAUCAUCGCAGUCUUCGGUGACGUCGAUGGAUGCGCGUAACGACGAGAUCGGAGAAAUGGUUUAUUCCAACAAAAAGGCGAACAAAACUUCCAAUAAAGACAGCAAAAAAGCCCCUAAAAGGAAACAAACGAGCGGAAAGAGUGACGCGUUCGAGAGCCAAAAGAUCAAUUAAAUUCCCAAGAGAAUAGUUUUUUAAUCGUAUUUUUUAUUUUAGAGAUAAUCCAUAUUUGUAUUGAAAAGAUUAUGUAAAUAAUGAUAUUUUUUAAAUAAAACAUUUUAUUGCUUUUAA